AUGUCAUCAGAUGUCAAGCGAGCCAUCGGAAGGCCAAGGAAACAUUUGAAGGAGUCACCGACGAAAAUUGGUCAGGAUCAUACGGUAAAAUCCGUGGACGACGUGCGCUGCCGUAAAGGCAUCCUCCAAUUCCAAGUAAGCUGGGACCACUUGGAUCUAGCCACCUGGGAACCCAUCGAGAGUUUCGCCCCAUCCGGAAUCCGUCAUUGGAGUAUCAAAGCGUAUUUGACGAGUGAGGAGAAUAAGCAGAAUUAUAAGAAGGCGGUUAGGAAGUAUAAACAGCACCUGAAGGACAAGCAGGCCGCCGAGAAUCUGGUGUAUGAUGAGAUGGAGAACACCCUCAGCACCGCCGGUCCAUCGUCCACCCGUCGCUCCCUCUCCAGAUCGCCCACAAAAUCCCUCCGAAAUCCAGAUCUCACGACUCCUAAAAAGCAUCUAACCGACCCGCCAACUCGCUCCUCGCCCCGAAAAUCCGCCAGCUCCACGCCUUCGAAACGUGAUGCCCGUCUUGCCAGUAUCCAUCGAUCGUCUCCAGCCAGAAGUUUGUCUCCGAAACGGUAUAUCCCUCGGGUGCGGACGGCGAUGUCCCUGCCGCCAAGUGAUAUUUUGACAUCUCCAGAGGUCCCUGCCACCACCACGGUCUAUAUGAUGACACCGGUAAAGGAGGAGGAGCCAGAGGAGAAAAAGGAUCCGCCUCCUGUCAAAAAAGAAGAGAAACGGAAACUUCUGAAGCCGAAAAUCGCGCAGGACCCGCGGAAGCCUGUUAAAAGGAAUAUGGACCUUCGUGACAAGAACAAUCGAAUCAAGUUCCGGUCGAGUUUGUUGAGUAAGAAGGACAGAGCAUGGAGGGAUUCGUCGUGGGAGACAGAUGAUGAUGAUGAGGAGGGGGCGGAGUUGAGUGGAGUUUCUGAGAAGGAGGUCAAGAAGGAGGAUGAGGAUGAUGAUAAGCAGAGCGCUUAG